CCUCACAGAAGAGUGAGCCAUAACCAAUCNGAUGAAAAGACUGUAAAGACUGGAGAAUAUUCAAAGAAGAAAAUAAGAGAUCACCAAUUUGGUGAACAUAAGACUGCCUCUACGUUUAGUGACACCCCUUUGCUUCUGAACAAAGCCAUUGCACAUCUGCUCCUCCUGGUACUCUCUGUCCUUCCACUGUGAAUACUGCUCCAGAUACUAACACUGAUAACAGUACUUCAAAUACGUACUCUCUGACUACUGUCUUAAACACUUACAUCAUAGACGGUGCUCCAAGAAACAUGGCUGACAAUAAUGCAGACACUAACACAACUGACAGAAUCACUAGUUCUUCUGGUCAUGCAGCAAUCAUUUCUACCUCAAAUGCAGGCUUUUACACUGACAUCAAUAAUAGUAUUAUAGGCCCUUCCAUAAGUAAUUACAAUCAAGUCACAUCUGAUGAAACUCAGGAACCACCAGAUACUAAGAGUAUUCCAAGCUGUACUUCUGAGAAUUCUUGCAACACUUUCAUCUCAACUAAUGAUGGCCUCAGACCUUCUGAUGCUUCCAGCAUUUCUGAAAACGAUCAUGGAGAGACAGAGGCUAACAUGGGAGCUGGAGGCAAUAAGCAGAUGUUAGGUGAAAACCAAAAGAAGAGUCAGUCAUCAAAUGCAUCACUGAAAGAACACAAUACAGAGAACGGAACACAGCCAUGUUGUUUUGCCAUUGGAAAACCUGUGGUUUCUAAUAUUCAAACACGAUCUGCUACUGUUUCAUGGACUCUGAAGAGUAAUAAAAAAUAUGAUAUUAAUUCUAUGUCAUUUGAAUUGGCACUGUACACCAGUGAUGAAAAUGGAAUCUAUGAAAACAUUUAUACUGGCGAUGGCGUUACUGUGGUCCUACAUGAUCUACAACCUAGCAUGGUCUACUUUUUAAGAGUAACAAUCAUAAGAGAUGCAGAACACAGAAGUGUGUCUGAAGUGGUUAGCUUCACAACACCAGGCUGUGAACCAGACCCUCCUCUUGCACCCACACUGAUCAGCAGAACCAAGAACAGCCUGAGUUUACAAUGGAAAGGUUCCAAUGAAAAUGGAUCUAAAAUAAGCAGCUUUCUUUUGGAAUGGGAUGAGGGUAAAGGUGAAGACUUCAAAAGUUGUUACAGUGGACGCCUGAAACAGCACAAGCUCUUUAAACUGAGCCCUUCGACAAUGUAUUCCUUCAGAUUAGCGGCCAAAAAUGACUUUGGCUGCAGUAAUUUCAGUGAAACAGCAGUCUUCUAUACAUCAGGAAAAACACCUCCAGCACCACUGCCACCUAAAUUGAAAGAAGCAGGAAUCUAUAGUUUGUCUCUAGAGUGGUGUGCCCCAACAAACCCAAACCCAAAUGGCACUCUUACUUAUGUGCUAGAGAUGGAGGAAGAAAACUUUGGAAUAGGUUUUAAACCUACAUAUGAUGGAGAAGACCUCACCUGCACCAUAAGAAAUCUUCAGAGAAAUACUACAUACAAGUUUCGGAUUUUUGCCUGCAAUCUGGAUGGAAGGAGUAAACCCAGUGGAGAAGUAAAAUAUACUACUCUUCCAGCUAGGCCUGGAUGUCCUAAAAAGCCAUAUGUAGUGGGAAUGAUUCAUGCACGCCAAGUGACAAUUGGAUGGGACUUACCCAAAGACAACGGUGGAAUGAACAUUUCAAGUUACAGCCUAGAAGUUUGUGAAAAUUCAGAUGGUGCGAAUCUCUGGAAAAUGAUCUACAAUGGCACUCAACAGGAAUUUCUGUAUGAUGACCUCCAACCAGCCACCACAUAUAAACUGAGAGUCUUUUGCACUUCACCUGCAGGCCAAAGCCGUCCUUCAGAUGUAUUGACAAUUCAGACGCCUACUCUUCCUCCCGAGUCUUGCUGUUCACAGCCCUUACGUGGUAAAACCAAGGGCAAGGAUGCCAACCUUCCUGACAAUCGUUCUGUUAAUGGGAAGCUGGAAGCACUUGUGCGUGACAAAAAAGCAAAAGAUCCUCAUCAGAACAGAAAGGUGUACAGCUCUGAAAAGAAACGUGCAAGGAGAGGGAAAAGACUGUCAUUAAUGAUGGUGUUGGCCUUUGGUAUAAGGAAACCAUCAUCUCCAAAUCUAGGAGAUGGGGUGAAUCAUGAUAUAGAUGUGACUCACAAAGUACAAAAAUUGAGUGAGUAUACAGAAUACAAGUUUAAAAUCCAGGCAUGUAAUGAAGCUGGGGAAGGACCAGAGUCUGACAUCUACACUUUCACUACUACAAAGUCCCCACCCACUGCACUGAAAGCACCUAAAGUCCAUCCACUGAAUAACAACUGUUGUGAGAUCAAAUGGGAGUCUUUGGAGCCAAUUGAAGGUGAUCCCAUUGUUUAUUGUCUUCAAGUCAACACUGGAAAAAAGUCUAAUCAGAUUUACANAGGACCGAACACUUCCUUUUCCUUUUCCAACUAUCAUGCAAAUUCACGCUAUCGCUUCAAGGUCUGUGCAGGACGCCGAUAUGAAACCUCCAAUGGUCUUCAAGAGCUGUGGGGGCCAUAUAGUCCCAGUACCCUUUUCUCAACUUGUAAGCUUCACUCUGAGCAUGGCAAAGGCAGUGGGGGUAAAGGAAAAGGCAAACACAAUGGGAAAGUGGGAAAGUACAGGAUAGGGUUUGCACUUAUUGCUGUUUUGUGUGCUGUUGCUAUUCAAUACUUCCUAUUCAAAUAGUCAAUUAUUUAGAAGAAAAGAAAGCAACUUAUAUCACAUUUAGAAAAUCUUAUAUAUAUCUUAAUGUUUAUUGAUAGAAAAUAGUAAGAGGAAAAAACAAAACAAACAAAACAAAAAAAUUUAAAAUAAACACAAAAAGCCCUUUCUUUCAUUUUAAAAGUUUUUAUGAGUGUAGAAGAGAGAUUUCUAAGGAAACAAAAGUACCUUAAAUUUUACCAUUUUCAUUAUUCUGUCAACAAACAUUGCCUUGUUAUGUAAAAUUAAGACAUCUGUGGAAACUUUCUGCCUUCACAUUUCAAGGUAAUAUUUUCAAAAAUUUUAGGACUAAGAAAUAACAACAGUAUUUUGAAUUUUAUUUUAGAACAAUGUAAGAAAAAUCACUUCUGUCUCUCCAUCCAUAUAAAGUAAUAAAAAUGUAUCUAGCAAA